AAAUUAUUCCAGUUAAAAUUUUUAAUACUUCCUCGUGGAUUCAAUUUUAUAAUACUAUAUCUUUCCAAAAAUGAAUAUAUUGUCUAGUAUUUGUUUGUUAUCUUUCACCUAUAUAGUUUAUAUAACAUAUAUGUCAUUGCAUGCAGUCAUUGCAUGCAGGCACGUAGUCUGCAACUCUGCGCAUAAAAACGGUGGGAUGCACGAAACAGAAGAAUGUGUUUCCACCCGCAAAUGAUUAAAAUAUACAUCGUAUGAUUGAUCAAUUGAAAUCUGGAAAGCCAGUAAAUCGAUGUAUAUAGUUAUCCAGUUAUGCAAACCAAAACCUAAGCAAUGCCAUGUUUGGUGAAUGGUGAGAAAUAAGCAUAUAUAUUAACAUCUUCUCUGGUUUUGCAACCAUUAGUUUAUGAGCGUGAAGGGACUCGGCUCUAUAUAGAUGAAUAAAUUCUUAAUUACAAUAUGGAUAAAAUCAAAUGAAAGUUAAGUCCAUGACAACAGCCAGUGUGGACGUAGUUGGCGUAUUGAGGGAAGUCAAAGAUUUGGUAUAUCAUGAUUAAGUAACUGACUCAUGGUGCGUUAAUAGUAAAAUAAAUCAUCUUGAAAGCGAGGGUUUCUUGCUAGUUGCUACUGCUUUUUUAUUUAAUCAUCAUAUGAGACUAUAUAUGGUAACCAUUGAUGUUUAACAAAACAAAAAAUGUUUUGUUUUCCAUAAAAUGUCGACGAUAAGUAGACAAGUAACACGGAAGCUCGGGGAUGGGAGAGAGAUACGACGAAUCAGACGGUGUAGAGAAGGCGAAGAUUCCUCUGUUAAGGGGUCAACAUGAAGCUGAGGACGACGGAGAUAUAUUGGUUGAGACUAAGAAAUUAUGGCGUAUCGUUGGACCAGCUAUAUUCACCAGAAUCUCGACCAACUUGAUCCUCGUCAUCACGCAGGCCUUUGCCGGCCACCUCGGCGAGCUAGAACUCGCAGCCAUCUCCAUCGUCAGCAACGUCAUCAUCGGCUUCAACGUCGGCCUCCUGCUUGGAAUGGCGAGUGCGUUGCAAACGUUGUGCGGUCAAGCGUUUGGGGCGAAAAUAUAUGACAUGUUAGGAGUGUAUUUGCAGCGAUCUUUGAUUGUUCUCUUCUUAUUCUCCAUCUUGCUCCUCCCGAUGUACUUCUUUGCAACUCCCAUUCUUAAGUACUUUGGCCAGCCUGACGACAUGAUUGCCGAGCUCUCCGGUUCCAUCGCUGUUUGGGUCAUUCCUAUCCAUUUCGCAUUUGCCUUCGUUUUCCCUCUCAACCGAUUCCUCCAAUGCCAGCUCAAGAAUAGGGUGAUUGCAAUAUCAUCUGGAAUAGCACUUGCAGUUCACAUAUUUGUGUGCUGGCUUUUUGUAUACGGUCUUAAACUUGGAGUCAUAGGGACAAUGGCUACUGUUAACGUGUCAUGGUGGCUAAACCUCAUCAUUUUAUUUACUUACACCACCUGCGGCGGUUGUCCGCUCACUUGGACUGGUUUCUCCAUGGAAGCUUUCACAGGACUUUGGGAGUUUGCUCAUCUCUCUGCCUCCUCCGGAGUCAUGCUUUGCUUGGAGAGUUGGUAUUAUAAGAUUCUAAUUCUGAUGACUGGAAAUCUGGAAGAUACAAUUGCUGUCGACUCCCUAUCUAUAUGCAUGAUGAUAAACGGACUGGAGCUGAUGAUUCCAAUUGCUUUCCUCACCGGGACAGGCGUACGAGUGGCCAACGAAUUAGGAGCAGGCAAUGGAAAAGGAGCAAGGUUUGCAAUGAUCAUAUCAGUGACACAAUCGUUAGUCAUCGGAAUAGUAUUUUCGGUGCUUGUUGUAUUCCUUCAUGAUCAAAUUGGUUGGAUUUUCUCUUCAAGUGAAGCUGUCAUUAACGCAGUCAAGAAUCUUUCUAUUCUUUUAGCUUUCACGAUUCUUCUCAACAGUGUUCAACCAGUUCUUUCUGGUGUUGCCGUUGGUUCGGGUUGGCAAUCAUUUGUGGCGUAUAUAAACUUGGGAUUGGGAUGCUAUUAUUUCAUUGGACUUCCACUCGGAUUUGUCAUGGGCUGGAUUUACAAGUUUGGUGUUAAGGGCAUUUGGGCCGGUAUGAUAUUCGGAGGAACCGCGAUUCAAACACUGAUAUUGAUUUUUAUUGUUAUGAGAUGUGACUGGGAAAAAGAGGCACAAAAAGCAAGUGUGCGCAUUAACAAAUGGUCUAUCUCAGACUCGGAAGCAAGAAACUAAAGUAAAUUGUAUACAGUUGUAAAAUAAAGAGUCAGGCACAUGCGCUAUCAUUAUAUCCUCACAUGAUUUGUAACUGGCAACUGGUAGAACGGAGAAGCAUAUAUAUAUGUGGUUUGGUUUUGUCAACCGUAACUCGAGCAAUGACUGAUUUGUGUUCCUUUCCGAAUACGAAACUAAGUCACUUUCACUUUGCAAUUUUUCUUGAUUAAAAAGUUAUUUGCAUAUGGUAUCACUCCUGUUUAGGAUCAAGUUAGAAUGUUAGAUGAUCCAAAGUUUUGAGCAUAAGGUGAAUAUGAUUUAGAAGUCUAGGAAAGAUGGGUACAUGCAUGGCAGUUUUGUGGACUACAAUAGAUCAAUAUAUGAACUUACCAAUUUUAAGUGUUAGGUUUUUAUGGUCAAUUUUUGGUAAAGCAAAACAUA